AUGCAAACAUACUUUAGUACGGAUUUUAAAACAGUAUUGAUGUGUUUCAUAUCUACUAUUGAGGGCCGCAAUCUGCCACAUUGCACCUGGAAGUAUCAUUACGACUCGUUCUCCAAUUCUUAUGUUUUCGAGUUUGGAAAGUCAUUUUUAAAGUUGAAGAGGCGGGAUAGCUACUUCGAAGCGCGAAUCCAUGCACCAUGUGAAGAUUGCAAUAUUGUGGCUCGACGCACAGAGGUGGACCUCGAGUUGAUUGUCAUGUCAGGCUACCCGCCAUGGUAUCAAAAUAGCAUGAAGAAUGAACAUGGGGUGGCCUUCACUUUCCCACAGCUGGAUAACCGAAGCAUUGCUCGGGCUGGCUGGAUUGUCGCCAUUGGUCUCGCGACCAACUUGAAAAAGUAUUCCCUGAUGACAAGCGUGUUCGUCUCACAAGGCAAGCGGUAG